AGCUCAGUUGGUGGUAUGGCAAAAAACUCGCUUGUUAAUCUAACCCUCUCAAACAGGAAAUGACUAUGACUUCUGUGAUAUAGAGACUUCAGUUGAAGAGCAUUUGUGGUUACCGACCAUUUGAGAGUUUCCUUCAGUGUGAACGGUGCAUGUGAUGGCCCAGACAAAAGAUCCAAACCUUGGGCAGCCAACAGGCACCAACUCUGCCCUUCAGAGGCUGGACAUGUUAGCUAGUCGAUUUUUUAAGUAUCGAAAAGGAUACCUUGAGAAAGGAAUAGAGAAUGAGGGGCCACAUGUGUCAGAGUAUACCAUCCUUUGGGAUGCAACAAUGAAAGAAUUAUUGGCAAAAGCCAAAGAGGACUUCUUGAGAAAAUGGGACUGUCAGCCACAGAGCACAUCGUGUCUAGAUGACUUUGACAGACUGAAAACUCUUGGCACUGGAUCUUUUGGAAGAGUAAUGCUUGUCAAGCACAGACAGUCGGGACGAUACUACGCUAUGAAGAUUCUGGACAAAGAAAAAGUGGUGAAGCUUAAACAGAUAGAACACACAUUAAACGAGAAGAAAAUAUUACAAGCAGUGUCCUUUCCGUUCCUUGUGAAGCUGGAGUUCGCUUUUAAGGAUCAUUCAAAUUUAUACAUGGUGAUGGAGUAUAUCCAAGGCGGAGAGAUGUUCUCACAUCUGAGACGCAUUGGAAGAUUCAGUGAGCAGAACGCACGGUUCUAUGCUGCUCAGAUAGUUCUUACAUUCGAGUAUCUUCAUGCUCUAGACCUCAUCUACAGAGACCUUAAACCUGAAAACUUGCUCAUCGAUCAUCAGGGAUACAUCCAGGUAACAGACUUUGGCUUUGCCAAGCGAGUCAAAGGCAGAACCUGGACGUUGUGUGGUACACCAGAAUACCUGGCACCAGAGAUCAUUCUCAGCAAGGGCUACAACAAAGCUGUUGACUGGUGGGCAUUGGGCGUUCUGAUCUACGAAAUGGCUGCUGGAUAUCCACCUUUCUUUGCUGAUCAACCUAUUCAGAUCUAUGAGAAAAUUGUAUCUGGCAAGGUACGAUUUCCUUCACACUUUAGUUCGGACCUGAAGGAUCUUCUGCGCAAUCUGCUGCAGGUGGACCUCACAAAGAGGUUUGGCAAUUUAAAAAAUGCAGUCAACGACAUCAAAAACCACAGAUGGUUCGCUACAACAGACUGGAUUGCAAUCUAUGAGAAGAAGAUUGAUGCCCCCAUCAUACCAAAGUGCAGAGGACCUGGAGACACGAGUAACUUUGACGAGUACGAUGAGGAAGACAUCCGGGUAUCUGUCACAGAGAAAUGUACAAAAGAAUUCUUGGAGUUUUAGAAUUUCUGUAAAGGCUUUAAUAGAAUUUUACAUUUUACAUUUAUUUUUUCUCAUUAUAUGCUUCUUCAAAGUUGAAUCCAAGAACAUCACAAUUCCUUCCACAGUGCUUUAUUCCUUUACCAGUGAAGUGUAGUCUACUGCAUUAAAGAAAAAGAUCACAUAAUCUUUGGUUUUGAAACAUUAUAUGUUAAUUAAUUUAUACAAUGAAUAAAGCCUAUUUUUCCUACAUUGAACAUUUUGAAACAAAGGAAAAGUAGUAUAUAUGUUUAGUAUUAAUAAAUGAGAAAAACUCAAUUCCACAUUAUGUUUAAUUGUGUGUGCACCAUAUGUGGAAUAUGUGUGCCAAAAAAAACUUUUGGUUGUUUAGAAAUAUCAAAAGAUAAAGCAAGUUUUUAAAAAUCAAGUAAAAUAUCUCCUUAAACAGUAGUAAUGCAGAUUAAUUCUAUAUGAUCUUGAUAUUCCUCACAAUUCAGUCUUGGAUUGCACUGAAAUUGUAAUGAAAAGAUGCCUUUGAUUUGUGUACCUUCUACAGCCAUCUGUCUUCUUAUAUGGACCAUGUGAAUACUUUUAUUUUUAAGAGAAAUGGUAUAUCUGCUGUAGAGCUUAUGAUGCCCAAUUUUGGGACAAUUUAUUUUGACACUGAAUAAAAGAAAAUGAUUUACAAUG